GCGUGACGUCACUUAUCACUGCGCACCCAGUGCGCGCAUUCCUGUGCGACCGAUCACGUGGUUCUGCGCCUAUAUAUGGUGCGUCUUCUAAUAAACUUAUCAGUUGCUUCUUGGUAUGCUGUCUGCUGCUCACGUUAUUACACUGGCGACGAGGAUGGGAUCCGCCCCCUUGUACUAGCUCAGUACGAAGCAGUAUUGCGGGCGAUCGGCGGUCGACAGCCAUGGACCAGAAAACAACGGCAGCCAUGGCCUGGGACGGUUGAACUCGGCGGCACUACCUUCGGCAAGAGGCAACGCAGUCGUCGGGGAAAGCAACCCGAUAAGUAUACUGCACUUUUACUGAACAAUGGCGCGACUAGGCAAGCUAGACGAGUUCGACGAGAAGGAUCAGAAUUUUGAAUCCUAUCUGGAGCGUUUUGAGCACUUCAUCACCGCAAAUGACAUCAGAGAGGAAAAGAAGCUGGCAGUAUUCUUGAGUGUGAUAGGACCACGAACGUACGAGGCGCUCAAAAGUUUGGUAGUACCCGCUGUUCCUGGGGACAAGUCCUUUGAAGAGGUCACAGUGCUGUUGAAGAAACACUAUAGCCCACAGUGCUCGGUCAUGGCCGAACGUUGCAAAUUUAACAAGCGAGCACAAGAAGAGCCGGAAAGCGUCGAGGACUUCAUAGUGGCCUUAAAACAGUUAGCAAGGAAGUGCGAUUUCGGUCAGUUUCUGCAAGACGCGCUGCGAGACAGAAUAGUGGCAGGCAUAAGACGCGAGGAAACGCAACUCGCCCUAUUUGCUGAAGAAGAUUUAACCUUCGAAAAGGCGUGCAAGAUAGCCCAGGACCGAGAGCAGGCUGCGCGACAGACAGCGUUACUUCAUGCAGAAGGCAAGGAAGCGGCUUUUUAUGCAAUGGCGAUAAGAGGAAAAGGAAGCGAAAAGAAAUCGAAGCUUCGGAAGCUCAAGGAAGCCAAGCGAGUUUGCGAAAGAUGUGGCAAGGCGCAUGCGGCUAGUGUUUGCUGGUAUAAGAACGUCCAGUGUCACAGCUGUUCUCAAAUCGGUCAUCUACAGAAGAUGCGUCCAAGUAAUCGCAGAGAACUCAAGACUGCAAACGUGGUGGACUGCUCUGAUAGUGACUCUGAAUUAGAUGUGUACCAUGUUAUCAAUACCGUGCGUUCUGGGUAUGAAGUGCAGCUAAACGUAGAAGGGCAAGACCUCUGCAUGCAGAUUGAUACGGGAGCAGCUGUAACACUAAUUCCUGAGAGUGUGAGGCUGAACGCAUUUCCUCAUGUGAAGUGCGAGCCAUCUCGAGUCACCCUAAAAACAUACACUGGGGAACCUGUUCCAGUAAAAGGGCAAUGCAACGUUUCCGUUACGGUGGGAAAACAGUCUUUGCGGCUACCCGCUAUUAUCGUCAAGGAUAACGGCAAGCAGCUACCAUUGCUGAUGGGGCGAAGUUGGCUUGAAAGGCUCGGGCUUGACUGGAAAAGCGUGUUUGCUAUAAAUGUAAGCGACUCUCACAAGGUAGAGGCGGUUAAAAAGAAGUUCCCAGGGGUGUUUUCUAAGCAACCUGGAAAAGUAAAAAACUAUCAAGCAAGGAUAGUUUUAAGCCAGAAUUGUACGGCUAUUUUUGGCAAGGCCAGAAACGUCCCAUUUGCGCUUCGAGAGAAAGUGGAAGGCGAGCUAGAAAGGCUAGAGAAAAGCGGUGUUAUACGCCCCGUAAAUCGGAGCGAUUGGGCCACGCCAGUAGUCGUAAUCCAAAAGAAAGAUGGUUCACUGAGGCUGUGCGGGGACUACAAAGUCACCAUUAAUCCUGUUUUAAAGACCGACCACUACCCAUUGCCUAGACCGGAAGAUUUGUUCUCUGCCAUAGCUGGCGGCAGAGUGUUUUGUGUGUUGGAUCUUUCGGCCGCGUAUCAGCAGAUUCCGCUCACUGCCGAGUCCCGACCACUGCUAACUAUUAAUACGCACAGGGGGCUGUUCGAGUUCCAGCGCUUACCAUUUGGGGUAGCCAGUGCGCCAGCCAUUUUUCAGUCCUUCAUGGAUGAGGUGCUCAAAGGCAUACCGCACGUGGGAUGUUACAUAGACGACGUCAUUGUGUCGGGAAAAGACUUAGCCGACUGUCAAAAAAACGUUGGAACUAGUCCUGCAGCGGCUGAGUGA